CCGGCCGCCCCUACCCUUCCCGGCAAGAGGGGAUCCCGGCCAAGGGGGCCGCCCCCGCCUCGUCCUCCCCCGCCCCCGGACCGCGGGACAUAAAGCUCCCGGCUGCGGCCACUGAGCCCAGCCGCCAGCGCCCCCAGCCGCGCGUGGCCAGAACUCAAGCGCCCUCCCGACGGCAGCCCGGACGCCGCGCUCGGAUCACUGCCUGCACCGCGCACCCGCCACCUGUGCUGCCUGCGGGACCCGGACCCAGGGACCGGGCGCCAAUCCGGGACCCUGAGGCAGAGCCAAAACAGCUGUCACCCACUGGCCCCUCGGAGAGCAGAGAGAGCCAACAUGCUGGCCCUGCGCGGAGCCGCCUUCCUCCUGCUGCACCUGGUCCUGCAGCCGUGGCUGAGAGCCGGCGCCCAGGCCACCCCUCAGGUCUUUGACCUUCUCCCAUCCUCCAGUCAGAGACUGAACCCAAGCGCUCUGCAACCAGUCCUGACAGAUCCCACCCUGAAUGAGCUCUAUGUGAUCUCCACCUUCAAGCUACAGACUAAAAGCUCAGCUACCAUCUUCGGCCUCUAUUCCUCAACUGACAACAGCAAAUAUUUUGAAUUUACUGUGAUGGGGCGUUUAAACAAAGCCAUCCUCCGUUACCUGAAGAAUGAUGGGAAGAUCCAUUUGGUGGUUUUCAAUAACCUACAACUGGCAGACGGGAGGCGGCACAGGAUGCUCCUGAGGCUGACCAAUUUGCAACGAGGGGCUGGCUCUGUGGAGCUCUACCUGGACUGUUCCCAAAUAGAUUCAGUUCACAAUCUCCCCAGAGCCUUUUCCAGCCUCUCUCAGAAUCCUGAAUCCAUUGAAUUGAGGACUUUCCAGAGGAAGGCACAGGACUUCUUGGAAGAACUGAAGCUGGUGGUAAGAGGCUCACUGUUCCAGGUGGCCAGCCUGCAAGACUGCUUCCUGCAGCAGAGUGAGCCACUGGCAGCCACAAGCACAGGAGACUUUAAUCGUCAGUUCUUGGGUCAAAUGGCACAACUAAACCAACUUCUGGGAGAAGUGAAGGAUCUUCUGAGACAGCAGGUCAAGGAAACAUCAUUUUUGAGAAACACCAUCUCCGAAUGCCAGGCUUGUGGUCCUCUCAGCUUUCAGUCUCCAACCCCAAACACACUGGUGCCCCCGGCACCCCCGGCUCCCCCAACACGCCCAACACGCCGCUGUGACUCCAACCCAUGUUUCCGAGGUGUUCGAUGUACUGACACUAGAGAUGGCUUCCAGUGCGGGCCCUGCCCUGAGGGCUACACGGGGAACGGGAUCACCUGCUCUGAUAUUGAUGAGUGCAAAUACCAUCCCUGCUACCCAGGUGUCCGCUGUGUGAACUUGGCUCCUGGCUUCAGAUGUGAGGCCUGCCCUGUGGGCUUCACAGGGCCCAUGGUACAGGGUGUUGGGAUCAGUUUUGCCAAGACAAACAAGCAGGUGUGCACUGAUGUUGACGAGUGUCUGAAUGGAGCGUGUGUUCUGAAUUCCAUCUGUAUCAACACGUUGGGAUCUUACCGCUGUGGGCCUUGCAAACCAGGGUACACUGGUGACCAGACAAGGGGAUGCAAAACCGAAAGAAACUGCAGAAAUCCAGAACUGAACCCUUGUAGUGUGAAUGCACAGUGCAUUGAAGAGAGGCAGGGGGAUGUGACAUGUGUGUGCGGAGUCGGGUGGGCUGGUGAUGGCUAUGUCUGUGGAAAGGAUGUGGACAUCGACAGUUACCCUGAUGAAGAACUGCCAUGCUCUUCCAGGAACUGCAGGAAGGACAACUGCAAGUAUGUGCCAAACUCUGGCCAGGAAGAUGCAGACAGAGAUGGCAUUGGAGAUGCUUGUGAUGAGGAUGCUGAUGGAGAUGGGAUCCUGAAUGAGCAGGAUAACUGUGUCUUGACUCACAAUGUGGACCAAAGGAACAGUGAUAAAGAUAUCUUUGGUGAUGCCUGUGACAACUGCCGAACCGUCUUAAAUAAUGACCAGAAAGACACAGAUGGGGAUGGAAGAGGAGAUGCCUGUGACGACGACAUGGAUGGAGAUGGAAUAAAAAACAUUUUGGACAACUGCCCCAAAGCUCCCAAUCGUGACCAGAGGGACAAGGACGGUGACGGUGUGGGGGAUGCUUGUGAUAGCUGUCCUGAUGUCAGCAACCCUAACCAGUCUGAUGUGGAUAAUGAUUUGGUUGGGGACUCCUGUGACACCAAUCAGGACAGUGAUGGAGAUGGCCACCAGGACAGCACAGACAACUGCCCCACCGUCAUUAACAGUGCCCAGCUGGACACUGAUAAGGAUGGAAUUGGGGAUGAAUGUGAUGACGACGAUGACAAUGAUGGCAUCCCAGACCUGGUGCCCCCAGGACCAGACAACUGCCGGCUGGUCCCUAACCCAGGCCAGGAGGAUAGCAACAGUGACGGGGUGGGAGACAUCUGCGAGACCGACUUUGACCAGGACCAAGUCAUUGACCGGAUUGACGUCUGCCCUGAGAAUGCAGAAAUCACCCUGACAGACUUCAGAGCCUACCAGACCGUGGUCCUGGACCCUGAAGGAGAUGCCCAGAUCGACCCCAACUGGGUGGUCCUGAACCAGGGCAUGGAGAUUGUGCAGACCAUGAACAGCGAUCCUGGCCUGGCUGUGGGGUACACAGCUUUUAACGGUGUUGACUUCGAAGGGACCUUCCAUGUAAACACCCAGACGGAUGAUGACUAUGCAGGCUUUAUCUUUGGUUACCAAGAUAGCUCCAGCUUCUAUGUGGUCAUGUGGAAGCAGACGGAGCAGACGUACUGGCAAGCCACACCCUUCCGAGCCGUCGCAGAACCUGGCAUCCAGCUCAAGGCUGUAAAGUCUAAGACGGGCCCAGGAGAACAUCUCCGGAACUCCCUGUGGCACACAGGAGACACCAGCGACCAGGUCAGGCUGCUGUGGAAGGACUCCAGGAACGUGGGGUGGAAGGACAAGGUGUCCUAUCGCUGGUUCCUGCAGCACAGACCCCAGGUGGGGUACAUCAGGGUGCGAUUUUAUGAAGGCUCUGAGUUGGUGGCUGACUCUGGGGUCACCAUAGACACCACCAUGCGUGGGGGCCGACUUGGCGUGUUUUGCUUCUCUCAAGAAAACAUCAUCUGGUCCAAUCUCAAGUAUCGCUGCAAUGACACCAUCCCAGAGGACUUCCAGGAGUUUCAAACCCAGAUUUUUGAUCGCUUGGAUAAUUAAACAGAGGAGGCAUUCUAUAACUGCUUUUCCAAAUGCUAAAGCCAUAUAUUUUUUAACUUCCUAUAAUUUUCUUUGUAUUUACUGUUGCUUUCUUUUACAGCCCAAAUAUAUCAGAACUUUUUAUAUGAAUGUAGAAAUAAAGGAGAAGAGAUCGUUUCUGAUAACCAUGCUACUCAGACUUUGCUUACACGUGGCUCAGUUUGAUGGCGAAUGGUGUUCUCUGAGGGUUCCCACAUUGCAGGGUGAUUUUUUUCCCUCAGGCCCAGUAGUCUGUGAAACUGAGCAUGAGCAUGAAUUAGAAGGCCAAGGCAAAGGGUCUCCGCUGGGUCACCCCAAUCAGCUUCACACAAAUGACCUAACAGUGCUGUGUGUACCUUAAGCAGCCUCCUCAGUCUAGGUAGGGAGGCCCAGAAAUACCUGCCCAGGGGCACCUUGCCAAUUAAGAUGCUUUAUGACCAACCCUGGGAUAAUUUGCCCGAUUCCUUCAGAUACUCUCCCCUCACCCCACACACACCUUCCACAGACUUCUAUUAUUAACAUAGUUCUUAAGCUUAUUUAUAUAUUUGGCUCCCCCUAGUGGAAUGUAAAUUUGUUGAAAAUAAUCAUGACUUAACAGUGUCCCCUAGUACCUGAUGUGUAGUAGAUAUCCAAUAAAUGUUUGCUGAAUGGAUAAAUGAAUGAAUGAAUACCUCCUAAGUAAUCAGGACAAUAGAGUAUUAAUGGGUCUUAUAAACCGUCCUAUGACUCAAAAGCUGCCUACAACCAUGUUAUGUGCUAGUACUGUUAACUAUAUAUAGGCAGAAAUUUGCCUUUCUUACCUUCCAGUUUAAGCCAAAUAUCCAGGAAAAUUUUAUAAAUGCCCUAGAAAUUUAGUUCCAAAGAAUAUUACUAUGUAGUAAUAUAUUCUUUUAUUCCAGAAUUCCCCAAAUAACUUAAACCAUAA